CUCAUUCCUGCAUCGCUGUGGCUCUGUACAUACUUAUUUGUUGCUUUCUCUUUGGUUUCUUUUGACGUUGUCGAGAGUCCAGACAGCGACGACUUCCACCAGCCGCAAUGUGUCGCAGCCCUCUUCAUGACUUCCUCGCAGGCUUGCCAAAAUGCGAACAUCAUGUGCACCUGGAAGGCUGUCUGACCCCCAGCCUCAUUUUCGAACUGGCAGAUAGGAAUUCCAUCAAGCUGCCAGACCCCAAAGAUAACCCAGCAUACUCAUCUCCCGAAGCGUUGAAAGAGCGUUACGGUCACUUUUCGAAUCUAGAUGAUUUUCUUGGCUUCUAUUUCACCGGAAUGUCCGUUUUGAUCAGUGAAUCAGAUUUUGAAGCACUGGCCUGGGAGUACUUCAAGCAAGCGAAUGCGGACGGCGUGCACCAUGCGGAGGUCUUCUUCGAUCCUCAGGUCCAUGUUAACCGUGGCAUUGCGUACGAAACGGUGGUGGACGGCUUCAGCGCUGCGUGCAAGCGCGCAGAACGGGAGUUUGAAAUGACGACAAAGCUCAUUCUCUGUUUCGUCAAGCACCUCCCUCUCGAUGACGCUCAUCGGGUGUACAACCGAGCACUGGAAAAUGGCCAUUUUGAAGCAGGGAUUGUGCACGGGAUCGGUUGCUCCUCGUCAGAAGUUGGGCCCCCGAAGGACAUGUUUCGCGAGAUUUACGCGUCUGCGAAGUCGAAGGGCAUCAAGUUGACUGCACACGCUGGUGAAGAAGGAGACCCAUCAUACAUCAGUGCAGCCCUUGAGAUUGGAUCACAGCGCAUUGACCACGGCAGAAGGCUGAUUGAAGACAAGCAGCUGCUAGAAUAUGUGGCCAAGGAAGGAAUUCUGUUGACGCUCUGUCCAGUGUCUAAUGUCCGUCUACGUGGCGUUGAGAAGAUAGAGCAAGUUCCCGUCAGGCAAUUCCUCGAUGCAGGCGUUCGGUUCUCGAUAAACAGCGAUGAUCCAGCCUACUUUGGCGGGUUUAUCUUGUCGAACUAUUGUGCGGUCGAGGACGCCUUUAGGCUAUCUAUUCAGGAGUGGAGAACCAUUGCGGAAAAUAGCGUUAGAGGCAGCUGGAUCCAUGAAGAAAGGAAGCUGGAACUUCUGCAGCGGAUCGAUGACCAUGUUCGAAAAUAUACCGCUCUCGCAUGAAGUUUCUUUAUCACCUUCCGAACUGUUUCUGUUCUUCCACCUUGUGCAGUUUCAAUCCCCGUUGUCUAAUUCAACAUGAUAUACGGGGGAAAAAAGUGGACAAACUUCCAGAUACGAUAUCUCGAUGGUCAAGUUAGCGCAAAGAUACCACCUAUGUAUUUAACC